UUCGCAUGACCCAAGAAAACAGAACAAGUACAAAGACGACCAGACGAUGGCCCCAACACAGAGACCACCGGAAAAUAUCUCCGCCGUCAAACCGCCGAAGCUUAAGCCUCCGCCGCGGGUUUGUUUCUCUUUCGCCGCCUACUCCAAGACCAUAAUCCGCCAUUUGCGAUCGCUAAACGUCGACGUUUUGCCUGGUCUCACCGACGACGAGAUAUCCGCCGUCGAAUCCUCGCUCGACUUCUCCUUCCCUCCCGAUCUCCGAUCAAUCCUUCAGGCGGGUCUUCCUCUCGGUGCCCAUUUCCCCGAUUGGCGAACCGGGUCGACCCACCAUCUCCGGAUCCUCUUCAAUCUCCCUCUUCUUCAUCUCUCCAAGAACGUCGCACGAAACGGGUUCUGGGUCGGAUCUUGGGGACCCAGACCCAAAAACGACGUCGCAGCCCUUUCGGUCGUCAAGAAACUGUCGGAUCACGCGCCGGUCCUCAUCCCGGUAUACGGAAACUGCUACCUCCCUUCCACGACGCCGAACUUGGCGGGAAACCCGGUGAUCCAGAUCGAUGGUAAUGGCGUCAAGGUUUUGAGCAUCGACGUUUCUGGGAUUUUCAUGAGAUUCGAUCGAUUAUCGAAUCCCAACGGAUCGAGAAUUCUCCCGGUGUGGGCGGCGAAGGAGACGCGAAGAGUGGAAUUCUGGAGCGAAGUGGCGGAGAGAGGGAGGAGGACGACGACGGCGCGAGGCCCCACGCUCGGGUGGUGGAGUGCGUUACCCGACGAGUGCUUAACGGCGUGUUUGGACGACGCGUUCUGGAAGCUAAGAGACGGAGGCUGGAGUGAAGACGAGGUCCGAGACAUGAUGAACGGUGACGAUGCAAUUUCCGACGGUGUCGGCCAUGGAAUCCGACGCGUUAUAAGACGGCGAAUCACUGACGCGGCCCAGACGUUAUCGCGUGCGGGAUGGUCAAGGGAAGACGUGGAGUACGCCCUCGACCACCGCGAAUCGUGCGGCUGCGAUCGAAACGUCAAACGCAACCACGAUCGCAGCGCUUGCGACGGAGAACGGUGUCCAUCGACGAGCUGUUGCAUGGGGAAAGAAGAAGGGCAUCAGAAGCGCGGUGAGAUCACGACGUUGAUGUAUCUUCUGUCUCUAGAGGCGUAAAUUAUGACCGUUGGAUGGAGAUCGAACGGCUGAGAUUCGUUCCCCUAAGAUUUCCUCUCGUGAGUUUGGGUGCGUAGGGGGAAUUAUUUAAUUGUUUCGGAAAAUAUUUUGAUACGUAAAUGAA